UUACUACCUUUCUGACUGUGCCAAUCAGACUUUAACUAGUGGUGGUGCAGUAUUAGUUUGUGCAGGUAUACCUCAUGUUGGGAGCAUUCAUUGUCUAAGGAAAUGCAUUAAUAACUCACCUCAGGGUCCCGCUGUAUGCAGCAGCCACAAACAAACCAGGGAUUCCUGGAUAGGCUGCCAAAAUGUCCAUGACAAGGUACGGAAGUAACUGGUUUUCACAAAGGCAAUUCAGUAAAUAACAUGUUCAUUCAUCAUUUUUAAAUUCACUGGUGAAAAGUGACUGCAGAGUCACUGAUUGAGUUGUUACAUUUGCAACUGGGGUUACCUGGUCUGUGGUGUUCACAUCACCAUUUGUAAACGGGUCGCAGUUCUUGUAAAUGGAGUACAUGGCGAAUCCGGACAACAUAGCCAGAGUCACAGUCACCCACAAGCCCACCAUGUUUACAUAUAAAGACCUUAGGGGUGGAAAGUCAGCUAUCAUAAAGCUAUUGCAUAAUGAUGAUAACGUGCUGCAUUUGAUGUGCUUGCAGGAAUCCUCACAUCUUAGCAUGGCUCAGUGUUUUGCAGGAGAUGUAGCGCUGCACCUGGGACUGGUUGAUGGCGUAGAUUGACGCCCACAUCAUGCUUCCACCAAUUGUGAUGGUCCAGAAAGUAUGUCGCUUCAGUGGAUCGGGGUCAAAGCUACGGCACUGGUGAUCUGCAGUCUGUAAAAAAGGGGCACAAAAAUCUCAGCAGUGAGAGUGGACAUGAUGGCGUGGGAGAAGGCAAACAACCAGAAGGACGCCCCAUAUAAGUAUGCCUCGGCAGGUGUGCCAAUGACGGUGAUGCCGGACAUGAAGCUGGCUGUUAGCGACAUCGCCACCGGUACCGCUGUCAUCUGCCGCCCGCCCAAUAAGAACUCUUCACUGCUCGUCUCCUUGCGACCUCGGAUGGCCUGGAAAAGGCCAAUGGCUGCCGCUCCAAGGAUUGUCCCGGCAAACACCACAUAGUCCCACACGGCGAAGGUGGCCACUGGACCACCUGUACCAACCAUGCCGAUGAUGGUGAUGAUCAGAAUGGAAGGGGAAGAGGACGGGGCAAUGACGCUGAAGAAGGUUGCAGUGGAUCUGCUGUAUAUGCAGAUACUUUCAGCGAAUCAUAUUAUGAUUUACACCAAAAUAAUCAUAUCGGAGAUAAAAGCUCAUCAAGGUGUAUUAUAGACAUGUGUAUAUAUUAUGUAUGGUCUGUGGAGUAUUUAUGUACAGCACGGAUGCUCAGUCACAGCUUUACUACGACUGCAAGACCCCGCUUCUCUCAAUACGGUCUCGACUUGACUUGGAACCAGUGCUGAAAAUGAACACUACAACGAUUACCUGUGGACUCCUUCUACUCCUUCUCUUUAACCCAGCAGUGCCCAUGUGCACGCCCACCGAUUUCACUUUGUACGUGGAGAAGCCAGAGUGUGACUACUGCGUGGCCAUCAACACCACCAUCUGCAUGGGAUUCUGCUACUCCAGGGACAGCAACAUGCGGGAUAUAUUUGGGUCACGCUUCCUCAUCCAGAGAGGCUGCACCUACGAAAAAGUGGAGUACCGCACAAUCCAGCUGCCCGGAUGUCCCAUCUCUGCCAGCGGUGCAUUCACCUACCCGGUGGCCCUCAGCUGCCACUGCGGAGCUUGCCGCACCGACAACGACGAGUGUGCCCACAGGGCUGGUGUGGGCAUGGCUAAAUGCUCCAAACCGGUCAGACCCAUGUACCCCUACCCUGGCAGCUACAUGCUGCCUUUUUGAAUAUUGAUUGUGUCGACUUUGUCUUGUUUAUAAUCACCAGCAGCCAGCUUUGCUGUGCAUGUGUUAGUUUGUUAUAAGGGUGUGACCCUCAUGUGACUCACUUACCUUCUUCAUCCUUUAUGUACUGUUUGUGAAUGUGACUCUGAGGCUGGUUGUGCUCACUCAGACUGGCCACUCCAUUAAAGUCUGUAAAUAUCUUUCAGACUAAGCCCGGCUUGACUUAAUCACAUCCGGUUUUCCUUUCUCUUUACUACUUAAACACAGUCUACAGUGUCACCUUCAGAGACUAGAUUUACCUUGACCACAUGAACACAAGAGCCAUAUUAUGGGUGUGAUCUCAAGGCCGCAACUCAUUUUCAUUUACAACUGCUUCCCACUACUGUCAUUUAAUAGCAAUGUGUUAUGUUGGACCCAUCAUUCUUGCGGGGCUUGUCAGAAGGCAGCUGGGGUGUAUUAAUAGCAGGGUUGCUCAGAAUGGGAGAAUGCAUGAUGCAUAUUGUCAUGUGAAUCUGUGACAUUGCUCCCAUCAUGUGAUGUCAGCCGCAUUCCCUUUGUUGUCCUUUUUUUGUUGUUGUUCCCGGCUCACUUCUGAUGGGGCUUAUGUUUUGGAUCAAAGCUAACUGCUAGGAAGAGUAGAUAGGAAAUACUGAUGAUGAAAAUGGCUUUUUAUAGGACAUAGCCUCUGUGUUUUUAAAAGCUUUUUUACAGGAUUGUGCAAAACUUUUAAGAUUUAUUGUUUUAGUUUUUUGUGGUCAUUACAAUAAUCAACCUCAUGGACUACAUUGGCAGAGAUUAGAAAUUGAUUCUCUGCUUGGACUCCAACUGUGGCCUUUUUUUAGGCAGUGCAUGCAGAACCAUCCAUACACUAGGGACUGCAGAAGCUUUCAUAUGUAACUACUUUGUAAGUAACCCGAGGGUUAGCAGUGCUGUACAUCUUGUAUUUUUUGAUCAGCUGACCAGACUAAACCACCUGACCACUGCCUGAAAUGCUUUCAAAAAGCAACAUAUGCUGGGCUGUCAUGGAAUCUGCCGGCAUCAGCUUAUUUCUCUUGGCCUGAUUUGUGAUGUGCUAAUCCAGUCAACAGUCAGAAUACAUUGAGAAAAAGUACAAAAAGUGGAUUACAAGCGGACAUUUCAAGUGGAUAUUUUCAGGCCGUGACCUAAAGUUGGCUUUUGGCCCCUUGUGUUUUUUUUUUGUGUUUUUUUUUAAUAAACCGGUUUAAUUGUAAAUGGAACCAGUUUAAAAUGUAGCCAUAGCACCUGCAGGUUGGGUCGUGUCCUAACUACACAAGAUGGCCUUUACACAAUAGGUAAUUUGAGUAGGUUGAAACUCCUGAGACCAAAACCACCUAGCUUUUUUUCCUGUUAGACCACUCCAUUUUAGGUAAGUUCACAAUACCUUUACUUGUCUGACAUAAUACCAACAAGCACAUUAUUAAAAUACCAUCAGUGCAAUUGCCACCUUUACGCAUAGGGUU